GUCUACCACUCUGCAUACAUUAUCCUGUCCCACCGCCCACUACGACAUUUCACUUCACCUCCAUGCAUCGGAUAGACCAUCGCUUGCUGUUUUUCUAGAGAGGGUGCAUGCUGAACCUACGCGCUUGUCGCGCACAUUUCUAACUACAAAAUGUCGGAACGGGUCACGCGUUCCCAGACGGGCAAGACUCCGCGCAAACCGAUCCCCAAUGGCUUCGUUGAGACUCCUGGAGCACGCCGACGAACAGCACGAAAGUCGGCGGGCGUCUCUAGCGGCGAACCAUCUCCCUCGCCCACCGAAGACCUGAGCGCCUCCGCCGAGCUCAAGGCGCCCAUCACCAGCAAUGGUAGCAACGGCAGCACAGCGAAGGCGGCGAAUGGACAGCACGCACAUCCUCAACAGCCUGGGCAUGGCAGCAACGGUCAGGGCCAGGGCAAAAUCAUCGACGGAUGGCUGGUGGGCAGUGAUCCCAGGAUUGACCACAACCCGCACUUUGACUUUGGAGGCACGCUGGGAGUGUCGGCCAUGAUGAUCGGCUUCCCUCUGCUCAUGUGGUACAUGUGGAUUGGGGCCACCUACUACGACGGCAAGUUUCCCUCGGAGCCCAGCAUGACCUGGAAGGCAUUCGGCAAGCACCUGUUCAACUUGGCCUACACAGGCGCUUUCCCUCAUGCGAAAGCCUGGGCCAUCUACUGGACGUUCUUUGUCUUCGAGGGCAUUCUGUACCUGGUCAUGCCCGGCGUCUACUCCACGGGAAAGCCGCUGCCUCACGAGAACGGCAAGCAGCUCCGAUACUGGUGCUCCGGUGUCUGGUCCUUCUACACCUCCAUUGCUGUAGCUCUGCUCCUUCACUACACCGGUCUGUUCAAGAUGUACACCCUCAUCGACGAGUUUGGCCCUCUGAUGAGCGUCGCCAUCUUUACUGGCUAUAUCGUCGCCAUCGUGGCUUACGUGUCGGCCCACAUUCGUGGUGCUACUCACCGCAUGACGGGCUACCACAUUUACGACUUCUUCAUGGGAGCCGAGCUUAAUCCUCGCAUGUUCGAAUGGCUCGACUUCAAGAUGUUUUUCGAAGUCCGUCUUCCCUGGUUCAUCCUCUUCUUCAUCUCCCUCAGCGCCGCCUUCCGCCAAAUCGAUUUGUACGGCUACGUCACUGGAGAAGUCGCCUUCUUGGUCAUGGCCCACUGGCUAUACGCCAAUGCCUGCUGCAAGGGCGAGGAGAUGAUUGUCACCACCUGGGACAUGUACUACGAGAAAUGGGGGUUCAUGCUCAUUUUCUGGAACUUGGCUGGUGUCCCUCUCAGCUACUGCCAUUGCACCAUCUUCCUCGCCAAUCACGACCCCAGCGAGUAUCGAUGGAGUAAGCCUGUCCUCGUCUUCCUCUACGUCACCUACCUAUUUGCCUACUGGGUGUGGGACACUGGCAAUUCACAAAAGAACAUGUUCCGCGCUGAAGAGCGUGGAGUGGCUGUCUACCGAAAGACAUUCCCACAGCUCCCAUGGAAGGCUGUCAAGAACCCCAAAGUCAUCCGGACCGAGUCUGGUGACUCGCUCAUGAUCGACGGUUGGUUCAAGUACGCCCGAAAGAUCAACUACACCGCCGACUUUUACUUCGCCUUCUGCUGGGGUUUGAUCACUGGAUUCAAUAGUCCUUUCCCAUGGUUCUAUCCCAUCUUCUUCGCUCUCAUGAUUGUGCAUCGUGCAUACAGAGACAUCCAAAGAUGUAAAGAGAAGUAUGGUGCUGCUUGGGACGAGUACGAGAAGAUAACACCUUACUUGUUCAUUCCCUACGUCAUCUAGAUCUUCAGCGCUGCUCUCGAACAUGUAUUGAUAAGCUGCGGUCGACGCCAAUUGUACAAGCAUGUACCAAUGAAAAGCGGUAGGGCCAAGGGAACGGGGUCGAAACCGACGAGGGGAAUUUCAGCCAUGGUGUAUGAGGCAUUAUUUCUUCAUCUUGUUGCCUUUUGUGUAACCUUCGAGCUUGCGAACGAGAAAACUAUGCAUGUUCUCCCGAUGUGUUGUUGCAGAACGUGCUCGUUCUCGGUCGCGAAUCGGGAUGUUUUGUUGCAGUGCAUGAGGCAUAAUUGAGAAUCAUGUACGCUUAAGCAGUCUGCCCUUUCAAGAAUACCUUUGAUCUUCUUCCGAAAUAUGGUCUUGAUUUACGCUACUUCGAGCGGGCCCGAGCGUGCUCAAGGUGGUGAAAUACAGCAUCAGAGACGGAGGAAUAGCACCGCGAUCGGAGCACUGCGUUCCGUCUCUCUCGCAUCCGCCAAAACUGUGCAUACCUGGAGCCUUACUAAGGUACCUCCUAUCAGCAUAGACUGCAGGUAUGAUGUAUCCAUGGAUGCAGCGGCAAUAACAAAUUUGCUCAAGCCUUGGCGUUGAAUGCGGAACUUUCAUUACAUAAUGGUUGCGAUAACACCCAGCAAGAUUCGAGGCUUCCCGGUCCCAACUGGAUUCAUCAGUCCAGGAUAUCAUAUAAAUCAUUUACGAAUGGCUUCAAGUGAUCAUCCAGCUUAUUUUCGAUGAGUUCAAUCAUACGUCCAGGCAUCCCUUGGACAUACCAGUACCGCUCUUCGAAGCGCUUGACCAGCACGCAGAAGUGAGCCAGGAUAAUGAGUGCCGGACCAUCGUUGAUUUCCAGGAGGUGUAUAUAGUGGUCACUCACAGUUCGCGUCCACGACUCGAAUCCGUUCCAGAUGGCUGCUACCAUGUCGCCGCGCGGCUCGAGCGGGGGAUGAGCGGACACCGGGGGCGCCUUUGCCGAGUAGGCCCGAGCAUAAGCUGCAAUCAGUGCCGUGCACGCCUCGAAAGAAGCCUGGACAUCCUUCAUGUUGGCUGGAUCUGGUUUGCCUAGGACUUGUCCUAACCGCUGUGGUAGCUGGUCGAGUCGGUCCAGCAUGAGAGAAGGAAUUUUCGCCACGUUCUCCGCGUCUUUGCUGCGAGCUGCUUCAUCGUCCAAUCUCGCGAUGCCUUCUAGCUGUUGCAAAGAUAACUUGAACUCGCAGUCGUGUGGAAGGAAAGCUUGUAGUGAGAUCAAUUGUUCCACGCUACCUCGGAUGAGAUACAUGAAUUCGGUAAUCCAAUUCACUUUGUAGGCAUCGUCUAUGUCUCGGGUACAGCGCUGAAUGGCGAUCAGACGUGAGUAUGCAAUCAGAGCCACGGCAUUGGAGACAUCAGGACGUCGCGUCAGUUCUCGAAAGUCCGUCAAACUAGCUGCCUGAUAGCGAACAGAAGCGGCAUGAUGAUAAGCCGACUGAGCAGGAUCGGGAGUGACUCUAGCCAUGUGGAAAGCAGCCAGGCCAAGCAGCCCUGACAUGAGAAAUGGAUGUUUCAACGCUUCUUGGGGGAUGCCAGCCGUCCAGAACCAGGUCGAUUCACGAUCAUUUCUCGGCAAACUAAGGGCUGUAUGCUCUUUGUAGUACAACAAAUAUCGCAAUGAGUCCAUGUCCAGUGUCAGAGGCGGCUCUACGGGCGAG